UGACUGGUUGGCAGAGCAGGGGUGGAAGGAGCAGCAGCACCAUGGCUCCCAAAAAGGCAAAGAAGAAGAUAGAAGGUGGUUCCAAUGUUUUCUCCAUGUUUGAACAAACCCAGAUCCAGGAGUUCAAAGAGGCUUUUACCAUCAUGGAUCAGAACAGGGAUGGCUUUAUUGACAAAGCAGAUUUGAGAGACACAUUUGCUGCACUAGGUCGUCUGAAUGUCAAGAAUGAAGAGCUUGAAGACAUGGUGAAGGAGGCGCCAGGUCCUAUUAACUUCACUGUCUUCCUUACUAUGUUUGGGGAAAAGCUGAAAGGCACGGACCCAGAAGAAACCAUUCUGAAUGCUUUUAAGAUUUUCGACCCAGAAGGAAAAGGCCGCAUAAAGGCAGACUACAUCAAAGAAAUGCUCAUGACACAGGCAGACCGGUUCAGUCAAGAAGAGAUCAACCAGAUGUUUGCUGCUUUCCCUCCAGAUGUCUCUGGGAACCUUGACUAUAAGAACCUCUGCUAUGUUAUCACCCAUGGUGAGGAGAAAGACUGAGAGCAAAGAGAGGAGCUUCUCCUGAGGUGAUGCACCCAGUUAUUUCAUGAUGCUUUCAUGUACAAACAUCCAGGAUGUGAAAGCCACAUGGUCAUUGGAAGAGAACCAAUAAAAUAAUUGAAAAUAGAUUAAA